CCAAGUCCUUCUCUUUCGUCUCCCGACUCCUAUUUUCGGAACUUUUGCGAAUCUCGCGCGAAUGUAAUCCAAGUGCUCGCCGAAGUACCACCGGUAUCCUUUUAUUAUGUGACGCGGCGCGGUGCGACGCUGGAAACAGUGUGAUCAACAUCAUCAUUGUUGCUCUGGGAAAUAUCGAUUCUCGCGCAAGAUACAACUACCAGUCAGAAACGAAAUGUUCGCCGCAAUUCUCACCUUGGCGUUUGUCGUAGCGCACAUCGCAGCGGAAAUACCUCCCUACAUUAAUGUGUGCAGUCGCAGAGACCCGAAUCUCGAUAGGUGCCUCUUGGAGAAUAUUAAGAAUUUGAAAAAUAAAAUAUGCCAGGGAAUGCCGGAACUCAGCGUUCCACCGACUGAGCCAAUGCAUAUGGAUCAAAUUGACGUCGACACCGACAACACUAAAAUAUCCUUCACUAAUAUGUACGCAACGGGAUUCUGCAAUUACGAAGUGCAAUCUUUGCAUGUGGACCUCGAGAAACAACAUGUUGACAUUAAAAUCAUAUUCAAACAAAUAAAUAUAAAUACGACGUGUAGCUUCAACGUAAACGUAACGAAACCCGUUUCUAUGAAAGGACCGAUUCGUAUUACCACAGAUAAUGUGUCGGCGAAAGCAGGCAUUGAUCUCAGUAUGGCAACCGAAGGCAACAAGGAAUACGUAUACUUGUCCAAUAUGGACCUGGAUCUCGACAUCAAAGAUUACAAGACGGACGUCAGUUCGUUUAACGAUGGAAAGAUUGUUCAAAUGCAAGAGAUAAGUCAGAAAAUUCUAGGCACAAACCGACAGGAACUUCUCACGGUGUUGAAGCCGAACUUAGAGAAGAUCAUUUCCAAACAAAUCCUUACCUUUUCCAACGAAAUUGUCAAACAUUUCACUUAUGACGAGCUCUUCCCCGACCAUAUAUAAGGGAAAGAAUAUUUUUGUUGCGAAAAUAUCGAAAGUAGUUUAUGUCUUACUUGCAAAAUGAUAACACGCUUUACUAAAAAAAAUAAUAUGUGGUUACUAAUAAAAAUAAUAGAUUAUUCAGGAUCAAGUUUUACAGGAUAAGUUACAGGUUAUCUAACCUGCUUGUCAGAUUUGACCACGUCUAAUAGAUGUCUAAAGCGGCUCUUUAACGGUUAUUCGGGAGUGAAGAAAUUGCGCACUUUUCUUCGCUAUAACUCUUCAAACACAACUCACCAGGUCUAUAUGGUCCGUAAAACAAUUGUUUACAUAUAUUUAUAUAAAAUUUUAACUUUAUAACAUUUUAUAGUAGAAAAUAUAAAAAUAUAAAUUUAUAAUAAA